AUGGCGAUCCAGAAGAAGCACGCCAAAGCGCGGCUGGACAAGUACUACUACCUCGCGAAGGAGAAGAACUACCGCGCGCGCGCCGCCUUCAAGCUCAUCCAGCUCAACAAGAAAUUCUCCUUCCUGCAGUCCUCGCGAUGCCUCAUCGACCUCUGCGCCGCCCCGGGCUCCUGGCUGCAGGUCGCCGCCGAGACCAUGCCCGCAAAGAGCCUCAUCAUCGGCGUCGACCUCUCCCCCAUCAAACCCAUCCCCCGCACCAUCACCUUCCAAGACGACAUCACCUCCGACAAAUGCAGGGCGACAAUCCGCGGCCACUUGAAGGGCUGGAAGGCCGACACGGUGGUGCAUGAUGGUGCGCCGAAUGAUGCCUUCACGCAGAACGAGCUGGUGUUGGCGAGUUUGAAGCUGGCAACGGAUUUCCUGGCGCCGAACGGAACGUUUGUCACCAAAGUCUUUCGAUCAAAGGACUCGUCGAAGCUGGAGUGGAUUUUCAAGCAGCUCUUCGCCCGCGUCGAGCAGACCAAGCCGCCCUCCUCCCGUAACGUCUCCGCUGAGACCUUUUAUGUGUGUCGGGGGUACAAGGCGCCCCGGCAUAUGGACCCCAAGUUCUUGGAUUCCAAAUUUGCGUUUGCAGAGGUGGAGGCGGCAGCGGUGAAUAACGAGGCGCGCGUGUUCAAUCCGGAGAAGAAGAGGAGGAAGCGAGACGGGUAUGAAGAGGGGGAUUGGACGCAGUUCCAUGAAGAGCCGGCCACCAACUUCAUUCAAACGCAGGAUCCGAUUGAGAUGUUGGGCAGGCUCAACAAGCUGCACUUUCGACAGGAGAAUGGAGACGAUAUUGCGCUUGCUGCGCUCGACCGACUUCCCGAGACUACGGAAGAGGUGCGCAUAUGUUGUCAGGAUCUCAAGGUGCUGGGUCGCAAAGAGUUCAAGCUGCUGCUUAGAUGGAGAUUGAAGGCUAGAGAGAUAUUUGGCCUGAGAGUAAAGAAGACAUCCGAUACUGCCAAGACCGCAGGAAGUGGUGCCGAUGCUGCAGCCACGGACGGUCUGGUGGGUGAAGAGGUGGCCACCGUCGAGUCCAUGGACGACGAGAUGCGCUUGCAGGGAGAGAUUCAGCAUAUGAAGGAUAUGCAGGAUAAGGUGAAGCGCAAGGAACGAAGACGAGACAACGAGAAGAAGAGAAAGGAGAUUGUGCGCUUGCAGAUGAACAUGACGACGCCCAUGGAAAUCGGUAUUGAGUCUGCCGAGGGUGGUGAUGCUACCUUCAAACUGAAGGACGUUGAUCGCUCGGAGGUGAGGGAUCAGAUCAUUCGGGGUAGAAUGUUGACCUCCGCCGUCCGGGAGCCGGAGAAGAAGGAUGAGGAGGACAGUGAAGAAGAGGAGAGUGAUGAAGAGGAGGACGGGCUGGAAAGGCAGUUGGACAGCCUAUAUGAGGACUAUCAAGCCAGACGCGAGGAUAGAGACACCAAAGCGAGAGCGAAGCGGGUGCGCAGGGAAGCCAACGCCAUGGAGGAUGACGAAUUCGAGGGAUUUGAUGCACAAGAUCAGGGUGCCGAGACGGAUGCCAGCUCUGAUGCCGAUCUCAUUGAAGAUGACUCGGCCGACGAUCUUGACGAUGAACAAGAUGGAAGGAAGCUGAUGACGGAGCUGCAGCCUCGGACAGCGCCAGGUGCUUUGUCUGGUCGAGCGGCCACCUUUUUCCAACGGGACAUUUUCAAGGAUAUUGAGGGGAUGGAUGAUGCAAGCGAGCAUGACGACGAAGAAGCUGAAAAGGAGCGAGACAGUGGUGUUGACGUUGCCAGUCCAGAUCUGCAGCCCAAAGCGGGUGGCAAGAAAGAAGGCCGGCCCAACAUCGACAUCAUCACCGCCGAAGCCAUGACGCUCGCCCACGCCCUCGCAACGGGUAAAACCACCAAAGCCCAACUGGCCGACGACAUCUUUAACAAGUACUCGCACCGCGACACUGACGGGCUCCCGGAGUGGUUCCUCGACGAUGAGGGCAAACACAGCCGACCACACCGGCCCGUCAGCGCCGAAGCAGCGCAAGCGAUCAAGGAGAAGCUGCGCGCCCUUAAUGCGCGACCCAUCAAGAAGGUCCGAGAAGCCAAGGCGCGCAAGCACUUGCGCACGGCGCGCCGGCUGGAGAAGCUGAAGAGGAAGUCGGAGGGCUUGGCGGAGGGCGGGGAUAUGAGUGAGCGCGAUGCGGCGAACAAUAUCGCCGCGUUGAUGGCGAAGGCGAAGAAGACGGGCGGCAGUAAGAAGAAGAAGGAGGUCAAGGUUGUGCGGGCGGGGGGUUUCAAUAAGGGUGCUGGUCGGCCUAGGGGUGUCAAGGGAAAGUACAAGAUGGUGGAUCCCAGGUUGAAGAAGGAUGUGCGGGGCGAGAAGCGGUUGGCGAAGAAGAUGAAGGGGAAGAAGUAG